ACUGCACUUUAUUUGACCUCAAAAACCAGUAGAACACUCAAAGCCAAAGGGAAGUGAAGAGGGAAGGGAAGAGGGAAGGGGCCCUCCACUCCACACUCGACGCCUUUCUUCCUCCAACCCCACAUAAUACCUCACCAUUAAUUCCAAAAAUCAAAACUACAGACCCCCUCUCCUCUCCUCUCCAUUCCCCAACCCUCUCUCUCUCGAAAAAUCAAUCACUUCUCCACCAAAAGAAAACCAGAAAGGAAAUUCCGUCCGUCGUCGAUUCUCUCAGGCAAGGAUCGUGUAUGUGUGUAUUAAUUCAUUUGAGUUUGUUUAAAGACGACUCAUUCCCUCAUGGCAGAGGAGACGCUUCCUGUUCAUGAGAUACCAGUGGUGAAAGAGGCCGACGAUGUUGAUAGCACCACGGCUUCUGUUAAGAUGAUGGACGAGAAAAUUAAGCAAAUGGAGGUGGAAGGACAGAAGGAAGAAGAGGAAGCCUCCCUUGACGGUGAGUUCAUAAAAGUUGAGAAGGAAUUGGUCGAUACCAAGGACUAUUCCGGUACCGCUGAGCGGAAUGCUGCAACUGGUGAGAAUCCAUUGGUGGAUGAGCAUACUGCCAGUGGUCGUGAUUCGAGCAGGAAGCUUCUGGAAUCACAAGAAAAAGUUCGAGAGCUUGAAAAGGAGUUGCAGAGAGUUAGUGAUGUGUUAAAGGAGUGUGAAUCUGAGAACAUGCAUUUGAAGGACGAAAUCUUGAUGACCAAAGAGCAGCAUCAAGAAGCACGAAAGAAACACGAAGAGGUUGAGCUUAAUCACAAGAAGCUGCUCGAAAAGAUAACAGAAACCGAGGAGAGAUACGGCUUGCAACUCAAAACCCUACAAGAAGCAUUACAAACUCAAGAAGAAAAACACAAAGAGUUUGUCAAUGUGAAGGAAGCGUUUGAUGGGAUGAGUCUUGAGCUAGAGACUUCGAGAAAGAAGAUGGAAGAGCUUGAGUUCGAGUUGCAGAAUUCCACUGGUGAAUCCAAGAAGUUUGAGGAGUUGCACAGGCAAAGUGGUUUGCAUGCAGAGUUGGAGACAAAGAAAGCCCUGGAGUUCGAGAAGUUACUUGAGGUGGCAAAAUCCAGCGCGAAAGACAUGGAAGACCAGAUGGCUUUGUUGCAAGAGGAGCUGAAGAUCUUGUAUGAAAAGAUUGCUGAAAAUGACAAAGUAGAAGAGGCACUAAAGAGCACCACCGCUGAGCUUUCUUCUUUUCAAGGGGAGUUGGAGUUUUCGAAAUCACAGGUGCAAGAAGUGGAGCAGAGGCUAGCUGCAAAAGAAGCUCUUAUCCUUGAAUUGAGCCAAGAAUUGGAACUGAGAAGGGCUUCUGAAUCUAAGACGAAAGAAAAUAUUGCGUCUCUUGAGAAUUUGCUAGCGUCAACAAAUGAAAUUCUACAAGAAAAGGUGUCUGAAUUUGAAGCUUUAAAUUUGAAGCUCAAAGAGGAGGUCAGUGCAAAGGAAGAGGUGAAAGAACAUUUGACCAACCAAGAAACAAAGACGAAAAUCAUCGAGGAAGAACUAGCAAAAGUGACUAAAGAAAAAGAGGCUUUGGAACAUGCUGUGCGUGAACUAACCAAUACUACGGCCCAGAUGAAGGAGUUCUGCAAUGAGCUCGAGGACAAGUUGCAGCAGUCGGAUGAGAACUUUGGUAAAACUGAUUCCCUUUUAUCCCAAGCAGUGGCGAACAGUAAAGAACUUGAACAGAAAUUGAAAGCCCUCGAAGAGCUUCACAUCGAGUCUGGAAAUGCCAUCAGCAUGACUAACGAAAGGAAUCGAGAGCUAGAGGAUGUGGCACGAGCCUUGAAUGUGGCAGCAGAAGAAGCAAAAUCUCGGCUGAGAGAGUGUGAAACCCGGUGUAUUGCUGCAGAACAGAGGAAUAUUGAGCUAGAGCAACAGCUGAAUUUGGAAGAACUAAAAAGCCAUGAUUAUCAAAGGGAAUUGAAAGAGUUAUGUGAGAAAAUAUCUGAACUCAAGGCUGUUCUCGAGAAGGAGGUGGAAGAGAAGCAACGAUUAGAUGCCCAAUUGCAAGAAUCCCUGGUAAAACUAAUUCAAAUGGAGUCUGACUUGGGCAUGUCAACGGCACGUAAUUCUGAGCUUGAGAUAGAACUGAAGAAUGCGACAGAAAAAUGUACAGAGCACGAGGGACGAGUGAAUACCAUUCAUCAGAGAAGCCUCGAGCUUCAGGAUUUAAUUCAGGCAUCUGAUUCGAAAGCAGUGGAUGCUGACAAGAAAGUGAGCGAGUUGGAGCUACUUCUUGAAACGGAGAAAUACAGGAUUAAGGAGCUUGAAGAGCAAAUAGCCGUAUUAGAAACGAAAUGCGAGAAUUCAGAAGCAGAAUCCUUGAAAAGCAGAAAACAGGUAUCUGAACUUGAAGCACAGAUUGUGAUGGUCCAAUCAAAAGCAUCAAACCUGGAGGUUGAACUGCAGGCUUUCGCCGAAAAGGAGCAAGAAUUGACUGAAUUCUUGAAUAUAACAACAGAGGAAAAUAGAAACCUAAAAGAUGCAUCAAAAACCUCGAACGAAAAGCUUUCCGAGGCAGAAAGCUUGCUUGACAUCUUGCGCAAUGAGCUUGAUAUUUCCCAAAAGAGAUUGGAGAGCAUUGAAAAUGACCUCAAGUCUGCUGGGAUGAAGAAAAGUGAGGUUAUUGAGAAGCUUAAGUUAGCUGAGGAACAACUAGAGCAACAAAGCAAAGUCUUAGAGAAAGCAACCGCAAGAAAUGCAGAACUUGAAUCAUCGCAUGAAAUCCUGACUAGGGAUUCGGAAGUAAAACUCCAGGACGCGAUUGCAAAUUUCACAAACAGAGAUUCUGAGGCGAAAGCUUUGCAUGAGAAAGUAAAAGCUCUGGAAGAUCAAGUGAACAGUUAUCAAGAGCAGCUUGCAGAAGCAACUGAAAGAUAUGAAACAGCAAAGAAAGACCUCAAUGGGAUUGUAGAGAAGCUAACUUCUUCAGAGGACACCAAUGAAAAUCUCAAAAGAAAGAUCAUGGAAACAGAAGAUAAAGCUGAGGAGUAUGCCGCAGAGAAUGUAAUCUUAUCAGAAACCAAUGCCGAGCUUAGCGGCAAAGUCAAAGAUCUUGAAGAAAAGCUAAUCGCAGCAGCUUCUGAGAUGGAAGUUUCUAAUAGGCAGCUCGAUUGUCACAUGAGCACAAUAACUGAAUUAACAGAGAGGCACUCCAAGGUCUCGGAACUUCAGUUGGCAGCACAAACCCGCAUUUCAGAAGCGGAAGUGCAGUUGGAAGAAGCUAUACAGAAAUUCAAUUUAAGAGAUUCAGAAGCCACAGAAUUAUAUGAGAAGCUAAAAGCUUUCGAAGCGCAAGUGAAAACAUAUGAAAAACAGCUACAGGAAGCAUCUACACUCGUUAAAAGUCAAGAACAAGAAUUGGAACAAACUGUCUUGAAAUGUAAGGAUCUGGAGAGAGAGUUGGAGCAGAAUUCCAGUCAAUUCGGAAAGGAGACUCAGGCUCUAGUCGAGACAAACUUGAAGCUUACCGAGGACCUGACUUCAUAUGAAUCUAAACUAAGUGAUUUACAGACAAAGUUGUCUGUUGUUUCAUCAGAGAAACAUGACACAGUUGAAGAAUUAAAUAAUGCCAGAAACGAAAUAGAAGAGCUGACACAGAGGCUUGCUUCUGAAGGCCAGAAGCUACAAUCUCAGAUAUCUUCAGUAAUAGAAGAGAAUAAUUUGCUUAAUGAAACAUUUCAAAAUUCCAAGAAGGAUCUCGAAGCAACAAUAGUGCAUCUUGAAGAACAGUUGAAAGAACAAAAAUCGAGUGAAGAUGACCUCAAAACCAAGUUGGAAAUCCUCAACUCUGAAGUUGGCCAGAAAGCUGAGUUGCAAAAUCGUCUGAAGGAUCUUGAAGAACAGUUAGCAACUGCAGAAACUAAGCUGAAAGAAGAGAAAGACUCGGGCUCUCACGAGGAUCUGGAACAAGAAGCUGCUUGGAAGCAUUUGUCUGAAGAACUUGAAGCCAAGAAAAAAGAAGUCCUCCUUUUGGAAAAUAAAGUGAAAGAGCUUGAGAACAGAUUGCAGCAAACUGAUGCUAAAUUGAAAGAAAAGGAUAUUGGAGGCCCUACAACCGAACCGAAGGAUGAGUUCAUAAAAUCUCGAGAAAUUGAGUCUUUCACAUCCACUCCUAAAAGGAAGCAUAAGAAGAAGGCAGAGUCUACUUCAGCUGAAGCAUUGUCCUCAGAAACAACACAUGUUCAGACCACCGAGGCAUCUUCAAUUGUCAACCUUAAAGUCAUUCUGGGAGUGGCUCUGGUUUCAAUUAUUUUCGGCAUUAUUCUUGGAAAAAGAUACUAAAUCUGGGGUUCGGGUUUGGCUUUUGCCUCUAUAUUGCUUCUUGCUCUUAUCUUUUUCCUCUUUUUACUUCAUUUUCCCAUUUGUUAUCUGUACAAAGGUCGGAGGAAACUCGAUUUGUAUGUCAUGUAUUGGGUUUUGAGCAUGGUCAGGAAAUUGGUUUUUAUUUGAAACCUGACCUGUAAUUAUAGCAGGGAAGAACAAACAAGGAAGAAAUCAUGAUUCUUGCUGUAAUCAAGGUUAUAUUUAGCUAUUUAUUUUCUGGAUCUUUAUUAAA